GUUUUACGAGUUGUGACAACUCAAUUCACGAAGUAUACACGUCACAUAGUUCCGUCAACUCUUCGCCAGAUUUUGAUCGCAUUUUUGGAAAGUUGAUUUUCAUUUUGAUUGCGUUGUGGAAGAAAUCGGUUUUUUAAGAGAUUUUAGCUGAGAUUUUAUAUUUAAUAACUCAAAAUGUUCAAAUCAUUGUUUUCCUGUGUGAUUUUAUUGGCAUUGUCAAACAUCUGCCUUUCUGAUGACGAGACAAGCGCACGUUUACUUAUUUCUAAACAAAUUCUCAACAAGUAUUUGGUAGAGAAAAGUGAUCUGCUUGUGCGCUACACAAUCUACAAUGUUGGAAAUGGUGCCGCUACUAAUGUGAAAUUGGUAGAUAAUGGUUUCCCCCCAGAGGCCUUCGACGUAGUAGGAGGACAACCAACUGCCAAUGUUGAACGUAUUGCUCCACAAGCCAAUUAUACUCAUGUGUUGGUUGUGCGUCCCAAAGCAUACGGAUAUUUCAAUUUCACCGCCGCUGAAGUUUCAUACAAACCUGUCGAAGAAGCCGAACAGUUGCAAUUGGCUGUAAGCUCCGAGCCUGGUCAAGGUGGAAUUAUUAAUCUCGCCGAAUUCAACAAACGUUUCUCGUCGCACUUCUUUGAUUGGGUUGCUUUCGCUAUCAUGACUUUGCCUUCAUUAGCAAUUCCAUUGGCAUUGUGGCACUCGUCAAAGAGCAAGUAUGAACGCUACGGCAAGAACAAGAAACACUAAAUAUAAUUUAUAGUAAACUUUUAAGCAAUAUCGCUAAAACAUCAAAACAAUAUGAGUCCCAAACGAUUCAAUAAUUAAUAUCGCCCAUAAUAUUAACGAAAGUGCGUAAUGUGAACGCUGCAAGUUUUAUUCUUUUGUUUCGUGCGAAAGAGUACUUGCAAUAUUUUUUCGAAAACGCUUACUGGCGCCAAGUUCAAACAAAUAACUUAAUGUUAAAAUCGUUUUAGAUUUAUUUGAAAACCUUAAAUGUCGAAGAAUUAUGGAUGAAAAAGCUUGAAACACGAUAAUUGUCCAACCAUGUUUUCUAAUAAAAAAGUUAAAAACCAUA